AUGUACCGCAACUGGUUUUCAGGAAAAUUUGAUAGAGUUCUCGAGAUUUUCAGUAAAAUGCAAGAUGCAGGGGUUCAACCAGAUAAAGCUGCAUGCAACAUUUUAGUGGAAAAAUGCUGCAAUGCUGGGGAAACGCAAGCAAUGAUGAAAAUUCUUCACUACAUGAAGGAGAAGUUUCUUGUUCUGCGUUAUUCUAUCUAUAAAGAGGCUCUUCACACGUUGAAGAUAGCUGGGGUGAGUGAUCGGCUACUCAGGGAUGUCAACCGUCAUCUGUCCUCAGAAAAGUUCAACCAUGAUCAGAUUGACAGAUCAGAUGGAACCACUGAAAGUACUUGUCUCACUUUGGAUGAUAAGAUGAUUUUGUACUUAUUGAAUAAGCAAAGUCUUCUUGCUGUUGAUUACUUACUAGAUAGCUUGAUGAGUAAGCGUCUCAAAUUGGAUUCUGGAAUAGUGUCAACUAUAGUUGAGGUAAACUGUAACUGUGGUAGAGUAAAUGGUGCUUUUUUGGCCUUCGAGUUCAGUGUGAAAUUGGGCAUAACCAUUGAAAGAAUUAUGUAUCUCGCCUUGGUUGGCGAACUUAUUAGAACAAGUUCACUUUCAAGGGUUGUUGACAUUGUUGAAGCAGUGGUCGGGGCAGGACUAUCAUUAGGGUCAGAACUAACUGCUCUUCUGAUACAUCGGCUUGGCUGCACUAGAGAGCCGACUUCUGCGGAAAAGUUAUUUAGCAUCUUACCUGAUCAGCAGAAGAGUACUGCUGUAUAUACUGCUUUAAUAAACAGCUACUUCACUUGUGGGAAUGCGGAAAAAGGACUUGAAGUAUUUGAGACCAUGAGAAAGCAAGGGAUAAAUGUGGCAUUAAGUACUUACUGUGUCCUACUGAAUGGUCUUGAAAGAAAUGGCUUAUUUGAUAAAGUACAAUCUUAUAGGAAAGAAAAGAUGAGAUUUAAAUCUGAAAUCUGCAGUCGAGAAAUGUCUCUGGAAGAAAGAGUGUGUGAUCUUCUUUUUGCUGGAAACUUAGUCGGUUGA